UAAAAAUGUCGAAGUUCUUUGGAGCAAUUGAUGAUGAGGGGAGUAGUUCAUCAGAUUCUAGUAGUGAGGAGUCUGAAGAGGUUGAAGAGGUCAAGACAGAAGUUAAGUCGAAGAAGACUAAGAGAGAGACAAUCCGUAUGAGCGAUAGUGAUGAUGAUGAGAAGGAAGAAAGAAAGAUACUCUCGCCUGAGAAAAAAUUGAGGAAUAACUUAAGGAAGGCAAGUGAGGGCCUUGGACAACUCUUAAAAGAUAAAGAGUUCGCAGCCUUGCAUACUAUGUGGAAUUCCUUCACUGAAGAGAUUAAUAAGAAUUCAGCCCUAAUCAAGCAAUAUGGUAUUCCAAAUAUGAUGUUAAACACUCUAAUGAAGUAUGAAGAUAUUAUUAACAGCACCAAAAAACAAGAUGAGAAGAACAUGACUAAGAACAAUAAGAAGAACUUUGGUACUCUCAAGAAUAAGGUGACAAAAUACCUGAAGAACAAGUACGUCAAAGAGCUUGCAGCCUACAAGGAAGACCCCGUAGAAUCUGAGCCUGAAGAGGAAGAGAAAGCUGUAGGCUCUGAAGACGAAUCCGAUGAGGAAGACUCCGAUGAAGAAGAGGAGGAAGAAAGCGAAUCCGAAUCUUCAGGAGAUGAAGAUAAUCAGAAGAAAACCACCACUAAGAAACAGGACGACUCUGAUGAAGACGACAUCAACUGGGAUGACUCCGACUCAGACGAUGACGAUAGUGAUGAAGAAGAAAAGGAAGAUAAAGCUGCAAGACUUACUCUUGAAGAAAGAAGGAAGAAAUGGAUGAAAUCUCCUGAAGAAAUCAAAGCUAUGAGGGAAGGAAGAAACCUUGAUGAUGACAAAAAGAAACAGAGAAAGAUUAGGGAGGUUAAGAAGGAAGAAGAAGACGAGGGUGAAGGAAAGCAAGAGAAGGAAUUCAGAGAUAUCAAGCACACUAAAGAGAUCAUCAUGGAACUUGAUUUCUCUGAUGAAGCUGUUGCUAAAGAAAAUCUGAAGAAAAUGAAGAAGUUCUCUGAAGAAAUCCAAGAGCUUAUUUUGAAUAAAUUGCAGAAAGAAUCUAAGAAUAAAACUUUCCUAGUUGAAGCUUUGUACCUCUAUAUUUCAGGAGCUUUUGCAGUCGAGAAAGGACAUAUUGACUCUUUCUUUGAUAGACAAAAACUUGUGAGCAUUAUCCAGUAUAUCAAUGAUCUCUUUGAUUUGAUUGAUCAAAAUGUGCCAAUGAGUGAAAAGAGAAAGGGAAAGCUCCAUAUGUUUAAAUUCUUUGAUAAUGUUAAUAAGGAGCUUCAUACAGCUUUCCAGAGACUUUCUCCUCAGAAUCUUGAAUACAUUAAGAGACUUCAAGAUGAACACAAGCUCCUUCAUCUUGGCGAAAGAGUUCUGAAAUACUACAAAGAUAAAGAAGAUGAUUCUAAUGCUGCCAAGACAUCAUUGAUUCUUUUGGACCAUUUAUAUGCCAAGCAUAGUUCAAUCUAUGCUAAAAUGCAGAAGAUAGUAGACCAAAAGCCAGAGGAAGAGAAAGCUAAGUUCUACAUCUUGAAGCCAGGACAAACUCAAGCUAAGAUUGAUGAUUUAGUCAAUACUGUAUUUGAAGAGGGUUAUAACAGAGCUUUCAGAAUCAAAGCUACUCUUUAUAAGAUCUAUCACCAUGCAAUCCAUGAUGAAUUCUUUUACGCCAGAAACUUAAUGUCAACAUCUCAGAUCAGUGGAAAGAUCAACAAGCAGGAUGAGGAUACCCAGAUCUUGUAUAACAGAACUAUUGUCCAAAUUGGCCUCUCUGCUUUCAGAUGUGGACUUUUCAAGGAAUGAUUUGAUCUCUCCAAAGGAAUCGCAAAUUAUGGUCGCUUAAAGGAUCUUCUUGGCCAAAGAGUUAAGAAUAAUGUAACUGAGAAGCAGAUCAGAAAAGAGAAACUUAGAUAUAUUCCAUUCCACCUCCAUAUUGACUACGAACUGGCUGAUUUCUCCCAUAUGGUGUGUGCAAUGCUGCUGGAUAUCCAAAAUAUCGUUAGUAGACCAUUCAGAAAGCUAGUUGACUCUGCAGAUAAAGCCUUGUUUAAUGGACCUCCAGAGCAAACAAGAGAUUAUGUGAUUUAUGCUUUUAGAUCUUUGUACCACGGUGAAUGGAAGAAAGCUAUUGAAUACCUCUUCUCAGCCUCCAAGGUCUGGAAACUAAUUCCAGAGGCAGAUAGAGUCAAAAACUUUCUAGUAAAGGAAGUUAAAGAAGUUGCCUUAAAGAUCCUGAUGUUCAGAAACUCUAGCUCUUAUGAAAGCUACUCUAUCUCAGAUCUUGGAAACCUUUUCGAGCUCACUGAGGAAGAAGUUCAUAGAAUUGUCAGUAAGAUCAUAAUCAGAGAAAGAUGUGAUGUCAGCAUCAAGAAGGAGGAAAAUGUUGUUCAAAUUAACGAAACUCCUAAGAGUGAUACUCAAACUUUUAUCGAUAUCCUUGUCGACAAAGUUAGAUCUGUCUCCGACUAUAACAACAAAAUUUUGAGAGGUUCUUCGAGACAAAACAGAGAUCGUACUGAGUCAGACUCUCACACCAAACCAAAGGAGGAGCCAAACGAAAAUGGCGAGGAAAACAUUGUGACUUAAAACACUAUAAAUGGAUAAAAGCACUCA